CUGGAAAGCUUAAAGACUGGUACGAUCUGGUCGCGAUCAAUCAUUUACACGCGAACCUGCCUACCGGACGGACUGUUGUGCGAGUGUAUUGGGUGUUUGUGAGGUUCACGUGUGGUGCAGUGAUCAAGUUCACCGCAAAGAGUGUGUCCCCGAAUCGCGGAAGAGUGAGCAACAGCUAGCAGUGUGUUUUGGUACCUAAAAUCAUAAUCCCCAACCACACCAACACGAUGAAGUGGAUGAUUCUGAGCUGUUUGGUGAUCGCCGCGCUGAUGAUGCACGCCGGUGAUGCUGCACCCCGCUAUCAGGUGCUGGAACCACGCGAUGGUUACGUCCCGGUCUACAUCCGGCUCGGUGAUCAACCGCUGGCCGAUAUCAAUCCGGAGCUGGCAGCCGCAUUCCGCGAGCCCGUCGCACGGAUCAGUCGUGCUGAGCUAGCGCAGGCACUGCAGGCAGAUCAAGGAGUCGCCCACUCCUCCAGCCUGGUUGACUCACACUCGGCGUCGGAUGAGCACAAAAAGGUCUUGCUGGCAGGUUCAGCGGUAAAGCCUCAUGCGGCACCAGCACCCAAACCUACCGUUUAAGAAACGGAAACGCCAUUUUCGAAGGCAGAUGGAGGCAGCAGACGAAAUCCACCCAUAUUCCAGCUCUUAGUAAAACUAACCCGGCACAGUUACCUCUGUGUGCGAACGAUGCACAAACGUCCAAUGUUAUUUAUUUCGUUAUAAACGCAUGAACACACUCUCUUUUUUUAACCCUACCCUCGAACGCCGUGUCCGUAUCGGAACGAUCGUUCGAGCAUAUACCAAUAAAGCAAAAAUGGAUGGUUGAAUGGAGGAGCUAACUGACCAAAAUAAAAAAAAUGAAAUAAACAAAUCUA